CUCAGCAUCCAGACAUCGCUGACCCUCAACGACCUCUUCUCCGACUCCCGAACCCAUGGAUACUCUGGGCCCAGCCGCAACGUACGCCUACACAGAGCCUGCGCCAACGGUGGAAGUGCUAUAUGCAAGAGCGAAGACGGUUCUCGCUGUGCAGUGGCCGGCAAAGAAUCUCUUCGCGUAAUAACCGUCUUGGACCCAACACAGGCCAGAACAUCCGAACAUAAGGCUGCUAUUGGUCGUGGAGGUCAUCGAGUAGAAGCCUCUCGCAAUCUCUGGGAAGGCAGUGGUCUCAAGAUAGACAGUGCCAGCACUGAUGUCGCCUGGGCUCACGGUCAGUUCAGCAACAAGAUAUUGACCAGCGCUCGUAAUGGAGAACUUAUUAUGUGGGACAUAGUGAAAUCCAAGUACGAACGACGGACGAAGGACCAUUCACGUUCCAUACACAAACUUUCAGUGUCUUCCAUUGUCCACCAUUACUGCGUCACUGGCUCGUCUGAUGGUGACUUGCGCAUAUGGGAUAUCAGAGAUCUUAGCAAGUCUAUCAAUCGUAUUCGUCACCCUACGACAGUGCGGAGUGCAGUAUUUUCUCCUGUAAACUCUCACCCGCUUCAAGUUGUGGUCGGUUUGGAUAACGGUAGUUUGUACCGAUGGGAUUUACAGAUGGGUCAACGUGGACAAUUGGAUCGUAUACCUGUCGCGCAUACAGCACCGGUGACGGCCCUCGAUUGGUGCCAUACGCCUUCGAAUGCGAUGCCAGGUGCUCCAAGCAUGGUCCCAGGUGGGGAUAUGACGAACGGUGGUCUAGGGUGGAUAGUUUCUGGUGGACUGGAUCGCUGUGUAAAGGUCUGGGACCUGACUUGGCCAUCGAUUUCGAUCCAUAUCCCUCACAAGCCAACCUACACUCUACAUCCUUCGUUUCCAGUUCGUCAAGUUCAGUGGCGUCCGUCGUACGAAUGCGAGAUCGCUAUAGUGUCGAACGCCGAAUUAGGAACGGGUUCUAAUCCAGACAUGUCCCAACCACCUGCUCUUGCAGGAACUGUUGAAAGAGGAGGAAACCGACUUGAUCUUGCAGGAUUUGGCGGUCGGGAUGCAUCUCAGAAUGGGGUAAACAAAGAUAACAGCUCCGGGAUGGCAUCGGGAUUCAAGGCAACCAAGGCGUCCAAUGUCGUCGUUGGGAUGGGUGACGCCAUCGAGAUCUGGGAUGUGCGAAGAGGCUGGAUAGCAAAAUGGUCUGUCACAGGCUCUGCGAUAGAAGGUGGUGUCACAAACAUGACAUUUGGAGAUUCACAUGUCAUUUGGGCCCAGCAUUCGUCUGGAAUGUUCUCUCAAAUUGAUCUCAGAGAUGCUACCAAGCCUCUUGACGCGAUUACGAGGGUCUCCGCAAGUUGGGAGGCUUCUGGUUCACUGGCGUUCGUGUCCGACGACAAGAAACUUUGGGAAGCACCUUAUGACGACAUAUCUCCGGAGCAGCGCGAACGGAUGCCUCAAAAUACACAGUCAAAACUCAAAGCUCUGGGAGACAGUUCCUACCUCCCAGAAUGCCAGGCGUCGGGCACCUACAAUCCACCCGGAGCAGAACAUGAAGUAGCGGCUUUCACUAGAUUAGCGAAAAGUUACCGAAUCAGUGGCCAAGAUCGGAAGCGAAUAUGUGCUCUUAAUGCACAGCUGGCUUUUCAAAGUGGAAAAAAUUGCGCGGGACAAGUGUGGUUACUUGUUGAGGCAUCGCUGACUGACUUAAUGCCGGAUCUUGAGGAUGAAGACGAAAAUGCCGGUCGACAUGCAAAUUCCGUGAAAUCACCUUCGACACCUGGUAAUGCGCCGCCGCCUCCAUCCCCCGCGACGCACAGUCUGCCUCUCGAGAGAACAGAUUCGUCAGUUACUCUGACGAAGAAAGUUAGCCCUGGUCGAGGUUCCGGAUACAAUAUUGACCUUGGAUCUACGCAGCGUAGUGUUUCUAGUUCAGGCCGAAUAACCCCAUCAUCAUCAAAGAAUUCCUCACCGAGACAAGGUGUCUCCCCUCUCCCUCCGGGUACGCCAUCAUUGCUAGGAAGAAGGGAUUCGAGAGAGUCCCCAGUGAUGCGGCGUCCUUCUGUAUAUCGUCGGCCGUCCGUGUCGAUACACAGUUCAAGUCCGGGAGACAGAAGUACCAGCAGUCUUCGACACAUAGGAGAAGGUGCUUUGGAUGACUCCGAUUCAUCUCCCAGCGGGAACGAAGAUGAACCAAUAAUAGGUGAUGGUCAUACAAGCGACGAUGAGAGUGCUCAAAUACCCUUCUCGCCUAAUCAUCCCGCAAGGAGGUCGUCAUCAGUGCUCCCUAGUCCACUUUCCCAUGUCGUUGGCCAUCAGCGCUGGACGGACGAUGAAGAAGACGACGAAGACGACGAUGAUGACGAUGCAUCACCAUCACCUCGUUCCACUGAUUCAGAAUAUGAUGACAAUCAUGAGUCGCCCCGACGUUCACCACCACGUUUACCUUCGAGAUCCAGCUCUUCAAAGAGAUCAACGAAACGGAGUUCCCUUCUAAGGAAAUCUCGCAGCCGCAGUUCGACUCUUGCUUCUCUGCCAGGGCCGGGUUCUGCGAAACCGCUGACGCGCAGGGCUUCACAGAGUAGUGUUAAAACCGUUACUGUGGGAGAAGGUGUCCAACCUGAAAGUUCGAAUGGCAUCAAGACCGAGGAGACUGUUCGUGACUUAUCUCAUCAGAAAGAUAGGAGCAUGACGAUUUCCGAGGUCAUGUUGGAUUUAGGUGAAGGGGAUGGUGGUUCACCCUCUGUUCCUGUCGAUGUAACGGAUAGACGCGAAGAUCUUGUUCGCUCGGAAGAGAAAAGAUGUCGAGAGCUAGCAUGGGAGGCCUUGCGUGACGCUCUCGAUGACUUUGCUGAUGAGGGUGACAUGCAAAUGUGUGCGAUGUUGUCUGUUAUAGCAGCCAAAGAACUAAGGAUCGAUAAACGGAGAAUUGUCGGUUUCCUUGACUCCUACAUUGGAUGUAUCUCAUAUCCAGACGUACUUACUAGGCUACGAUUACACACUUGUGCUGCGUAUUUGCGGAAGGUCUGUAAAGCUGAGGAGAUUCGGGAGGCUAGUCAGCUUGAAACCACCAUCUAUACUUCAUGCGGUCGAUGCCGCAAAGCGUUGGCUCUGCCUCUUGGUACCACUGAUCGCAAUGCAGGCUAUUGGCUCUGUUCGACGUGCAAAGCGCCGCCGGCAAUGUGCAACAUAUGUCGGCUUCCCGUUCGCGGCCUUCUUUUCCAGUGUUCAAUAUGCUCUCACGGUGGCCAUCAUGUCUGCUACCAGCGGUAUUACAUGCAGCGACCAAUGGUGCACCUUCCCAAAUCAUUUGUUCCAACUGCAGCUGCCACUGAAGACCGUCGGGGGCGAUCAGUUGCUCGUAGCUCCACAGGGACGGUUAUAGAUGAUGAUAGCAGUUCGACCAUCAGCGCUGUGAGCACGGUUGAAGCGCAAGCCUCUGAAACCACAAAUACUUUGAUGGGCAGGAUGAGCAAUUUCAUAGGACAUCCGUGUGCGGCUGGCUGUGGUCAUUUUUGUUGGGCAGCAAACGGUUCCAAUGAU